UGAUAUUCUCCCAAACUGAAAGGACUGUACUGCAUCAGAAUCAGCCUCAUCAGUGAUGAAUUCUUUCCAGGAGACUCAAUCAGACUUGGAGGUGAUCUUAGAGUUCCUAGAGGAGUACUACAGACAAAACACUGGAGACAAUGUGGACAAGAUGUACUUGACUGCAGGUGUGCCUGUAGAUGAAAGAAGUGCAACUGUGGAUGAUGACUCAUGCGAGCGGCGCUGGACGUGCUAUGAGCAGCCUAUUACCAAACCUGCACUUCAGCCUUUGCUGGCACGCGACGCCCUUCCAGCUCUCAGCCAUAACACAACAGCAACAUUGUCUGAGCGUGGGUCACUGCCAAACUCUGUAUCAGCAAGACAACCUGCUAAACACACAGCGGGGAGUGGUGGAAAGGUGCGACUCUUUCACUUUCUGUUUGAGAUGUUGGAGGAUCCGACCAUGGCCCACUGUGUGUCCUGGGUGCCAGCAGCCGCCGGCGUUUUCCGCUUUUCCUCCACAAACAAGGACCAGGUGGCAGCACUGUGGGGGCAGAGAAAGGGCAACAAGAGGCCCAUGACUUACCAGAAGAUGUCCCGCGCCCUCAGGAACUACGCCCGGUCCGGAGAGAUCUUCAAGGUGAAGAAGAAGCUCACCUACCAGUUCAGCCGAGAGACACUGAUGUCACUGCAUAAGUUUCAACAAGGAGAUUUGUUACGUGGACGAGAUUUUGUGUAGCUCAUAUCAUGUCAUAUACAACUCUACAUGAGCUUUAUCUUUCCAUUAUGAAUGAGACAGAUUCACAAAUCAGUUUGGUCAUGCAUUGAGUUUGUGGUGUAAAUAAUUAAACAGAAAUAAACAUAUUUUAACUCUUA